AUACAAUAAUUUAUACGUUACGUUGUCCCUUACUGAAAAAAAAGGUUUUUUGUUUUUAAUGGUAUAAUUAUUAAUACCUUAAAUAUCAAGACUAAUCGGUAUUUUUGGACACAAUCAAAAUUGUAUUGGAGUGCCUUAUAUUUUUAUCAGAGCAAAAAGUGUAACCACUUAUACAUUGCAUCGUCUAUUUUCGAUGUAAAACAAAUUUAUAACUUAGCAUGAGGGGGAUCCGACAUGACAUGACGCAUUUAUGUAUGUACGUAAUCAAGUUUUUUGACCAACUCAAGUAAUCAUUGUCCAGAUGGGCCCAAAUUUUGUACGUGAUUUCAAGUUCAAUGUCAAAGCUAAGGGUUUGUGUUCAGGGACAAAGUUGUAGAUUACAAUAAAAUAAAAGAUUUUUCUAUGUCAUACAUUUUACUAUGUCAUGAAAAAUAAUUAAAUUGCGAAAACAUGGAAAUAGUAAUUUUCGUCACAGAAAAGCCAUAGCUGUCGGGGCUAUUUUGCAUCCAUAAGGUAAUCCUGGUUGAAUGGCAUUUGUGUCAAAAAAUCAUUUUCCUAUUGGGGGCGUUUUCGUGACAUUUAGAUGUUUACAGCACCCCUUGGUUACGAUGGCACUUGUAUGACGAAUUAGUAAUUUUUGUCGCAGACCAUCGGAAAUUAUAUCAUAAAAUAAGCAUUGCUUUAGUUUCCGAUAAAAAAAAGAGGCUAAAUUAGCGUCACGGGCUCCGGUUUUACUCGAAAAUUUACAAAUUUAAAAUUUUACGACACCUGGAAUCAAAAUACAGAUUUUUAAUGUUUCGUAUACAUCGUGGGAUCUUAAAGUUAUGACAGUAAACAACAUUUUCACGCAUUUGAGAGAACCAAAACAAAAAAGUGUAUCCAAGACUAAAGUUGCGGGACCGAAAUCUAAUAAAUUCAAUAUUUAUAUGAAAAAUGUUCUCACUUGAAUUUGGACGUUUCCAUUGGGACGUUUUUUAUUAUACCGAUGAGGUCAAGGAUGUUGCAUAAAUUUUUUCGCUUUUUAUAUUCCAAUUGGCCAGUGCUACAUACACGCUCGCGAAUUCGUAAACGCGAACUCUCCAAAAACGAAAACUAAGGGUCCGUAAAGCUAAGGAUCAAUGUCAUGUAUCUUUACGAAGCGUUCGGUUAUCGAUUUAAAAGAUGAUGAGUUAUAUAAUGUAACGGUUUGUACAUGAUAUAUUAAGUGUAGUGGCAACGUUUUUUAAAUUUUCAUUUAGAGCGUAACAAUCUCGACUUUUCGACGAUUUUGUACAAACCCGUAACGCCCCUAUUUAAAAAAAAUAAAAUAACAAAGUCGUCGUAAAAAAUUUUCUCGUGCAGAUCCUACAUGGCCCAUAACAGUCAAGCUUAUUUUGGUCAUGGAGAAUACGAUAAAAAUAAUUUGAGGCGUUUGUCCAUUCCGGCCCUUGAAGCAUGCCGGUUUUCGUAGAAUGACCCAUACACACGUAGAAAUCGGAACCAUAUCCUUUUUUUGUGGAAAGUUGAACCAAGUUGAUAUUUUUUCGUCGUGAUAAGUAACCAUAUCAUACCCUGUUAAAUUGUAAAAUCAAGUAAGUAAAUGCAUAACAUAAAAUUUUGAGGGAAGGACUUAAACUUUACUUUCAAACAAUAUAUUGUUUACAUACAUAUAUGAUUACAUGAAGCAUAUCCAUGUAGAAACCGAUCACCUGUACAUUGUACAUUCAAUUAACUGCACACUAGACUGUAUAAUAGAAGCUAUUUUAAUUUCAAAAAAAACAAGAAGAAGAAUAGACUCGUUUGACAUUUUUAAAACUUUUUCGCAUCUUCAUCACGAGCUUUUGUUUCAUAGCUUUGUUGAACAUUUAUAAAAACGGCAUUUCUUCAAGCUGUUUUUUACCACUCCGCAAAUCUACGGUAUAGGUACUUAAUACUUAAAUAUACUAUAGGUAUAAUCGUUAUUUUAUUUAUCGCGUACUUCCCCUCCAUCGCUCACAUGUAUAUUACUUAUAUCAUCCCCGGCCUUACCCUCCUUUUUUUCCUCCUCGUCGCCACUCGCUCUCUCUGUUCUUUUCACCAUAACUAUUACUAUAUACAUCACCAUGUACACGUACAUACGGUGCGACUGUGCACUGCCGGCAUCAGUGCAGCAUUCGGUGCUAUACAGGGAACUGGGACGCUGUAGAGUUGAGAGAGCAGAUCAUCUUUGGUACGCGAACCUGACUUUGGAGCAACCAACUGAUAAAAUUAAAAAAAAGUAAAAUCCAUCAACACCAUCAAACGCGCAUCAUGUCUCUCGACGAGGAAUUCAACAAAGUUGCCGAGGAGGUCAAGAAAUUAAAGUCCGAGCCGUUGAAAGAGGACAUGCUCGAGCUCUACGCCCUGUUCAAGCAGGCGACUAUUGGAGACUGUGAAACAGAAGAGGCAAGCUUUUUUGAUUUCAAGGGAAAAGCCAAGCGAGAGGCUUGGUGCAAGAAGAAAGGCAUGAGCCAGGACGAGGCGAAAAAGUUGUACAUAGAGAAGGCGAAUAGUCUCAUUGCCAGUAUUGGCUUGUCAUGAGUUGCGCGGACACAAGGUGCUUAUGUGAAUUUGACAAAAAAAAAUGUGUGAGGGAGAAGAAGGAGCUUAUUUUUUGAUAACAAAAUCGAUGGCACAAUCUUUUUUGCACAUACGGAAUUUAUUUUUAAUUGUAAAUCGGAUUAUUUUUUGUCUAUAUGCACGCAAACAAUUACAAGAGGAUCGUAGAGUCGGUUGCAAGUUAUUUUUGUUAAUUAUUUUUUAAACGAACUUUGACUUAUAUUUGUGUACGCAAUAAUUGUUGUAUUUGAAGAAUAAAACUUAUUACGAAAAAUAAAA